UAGAGAUUCGCUCCAUCUUUUUCCAAUCAGACCAUUUACUGUUCUUCCUUUACUUCUCUAAUACCUACCUUUUCCUUCCCCGUACCGCUCUUGGUACCCUGUUUACGACGCGAAAUUCUCCACCCGAGGGGCGCAAUUGCUUUCCCAAUCCAAACAGCUAAACACUUCUUUGCAAGAUGUCUCUCAAGCGCAAGGCCUCAUUUUCGACUCCGACGUCUCCCAGCACACCGUCUGUUAUCGGCGGACGAUCAAUGAUGCUGGAUGACUCGCCACAGCACCUCAACAGCCGGACGCGAAAGCGCUUCCGCGACGAUCGUCCAGAAGACAAAAUAGUAUAUGAAAACACCCUCCGCUGGCUCUUCACAGCCCAACAGCGACCGGAACCAUCCCCGGCAGCCGAGGCCGAGGAAAUGGACAUCGAGUCCCUUCCCGCACCAGAAACCGUCGACCCACGCCAACAAACGCUGCUUAAAUUCUUCCAACCUGCCAAAACAUCUUCCCCCCAGUCUCGCUCAAAGGGCACACACCCGCAGCCGAUGACACCCAAUCGCACCCCGCGAACCAGUGCUUUGUCGUUUCAGCAGCCGAGUCUGAACGUGGACGCAAUGAGUGACUCAAUCAUCAGUGACACCCGGACUCCCAGCUUGUCUUCCCAAGGUCCGAGCAUGGAUAUGGAUGUUGAUAUGGACUCGGGGAGUGACGAGACUACUCGAGAUCCCAAUAUGUGGGCUGGUGGUCUCGGCUGGAUGUGAUACUUUGAUACGACCGACGCUGUUUGUGCUAUUUAGUUUACAGUUGCGAUGGAUCAACUGUUAGCGUGUUUCGUGUUGUUUGUCAUCGAUGGCUGGCCAUGGUGUGGAGCAUGAUGUGCGAUCGGAACGAAUCUUCUCAUCCGAUAGUCGUUCCGAUGUUUGCUUGAUUAUAUACCUAUUUGUGUUUACUGUGGGAGCUUUCUUGGACCGGUAGGAACGAUGCAGGCCAUGUAACCCGGUUGAUGUAUAUAUGGAGUUGUGCGGAGCUUGUAAUUAGUUAUCUCUACUUGAAGAAUACAGUGGAUGUUCG